AACGUGCUCGUGCGGGAAAUCGAUGGAUAAAGAAGUGGAGUUGCUGGUAGAAUCCAAGGAAAAGCCUGAAGAACCCAAAUAUGAUGGUGUUUUUGUUAAAGGGGAUGCCAUGUUCUUGAUCUUCGAUGACUUGAAAGUGCUCCGAAGCUCUCCAAGUGACUCUCUUCAACUACUCCUCAAACAUCGACACAAAGACCUCAGCAAAAUCAAUGGAAUGUCUAAACAUGUCAGCACACAGAAGAUAUUUCACAUACUAAAGCAAGCAUUAACAUCUGAAUCGCCUCUAAGUGAUGUAUUAUUAGAAAACAGGGAAUCAAAGCCAUCCUACUCUUUCUCACCAUAUACUAGCCCAAGUCAUGGGAAAGAUUGUGUGAAAAUCAAGGUAAUAGUGAGCAAAUCACAGAACAAGGUUUUGUUUGCUGAAGUUGAUGGAGAUUUUGUGGAUUUUCUAGUGAGCUUCCUUACAACACCUCUUGGGUCUAUUCUGAACCUUAUGGACGGCAAAUUAUCCUUGGGAAGCAUUGAUAACUUGUAUGCAAGUGUGAAGGAUCUUGAUUCGUCGUGGUUCAUAGGGUCAUCAAACAAAUCCUUACUGAAUCCAAAGGUCGCUCCUCAAUUUGGCUGUAGGAACAAUCCGUUAAAUGCUUUGCAAGAAGACAACACUCCUAAGUAUUGGUACGGCACUCCAGUAGAGAAAUAUAAUAUGGAAAAUGAUGAAAAGAAAAAGAUUUCAAAGAAAAAAGAAAUGUUACGAGAUCCUCCACAAGAAAUGAAACUUUUUGACCCAAGAUCUUCUGUUGUCGGAAGUGAUGUUCAUCAGAAAUACGAAUUUAUGAAGAGGCCGUGCUUAUUUGUUGUGACAGACGAUCUGAAAGUGAUACCAAUAACAACUGCUUCUAGCUUUCCAUAUCCGAAAGAGUUGGGGAACUUCAAGUUGGAUGAUGUAGAGGAACAUAUGGUGAAAAUCAGAAAGAAGUCACAUGAGGCACUGAACCUGUUGAGGGCUUCUUUGACGUGCAAAGAAGCUGCUUUGACGCAAAGCCUAUUCUACCUGUUGAGGAAAUGGAAAUACCAAAGAUGGAUUCCAUUUUGGAGUGUACUGAGAAGGAAGAAAAAGAGACACGGAAACCAAAAAGAAGUGGAAGAGAAAGAGAGUGAGGGUGCGGAGAAAAAGAGACAUGGAAACCAAAAAGAAUUGGAAGAUAAAGAGAGUGAGAGUGCGGUAGUAUGUGGUAUGAGAAACAGAAAAAAAAGAUAAGAAACGAGGUGGAAGAAAAAAUAAGCACAUGUUAACAAUAGCGGGAGAAGCCAAAUGAUGAAAUUUAAGCCAAAACUUUAUGCUACUUAGAAUGUUUGGUUUGUGAU